AUGAAGUAUAGAGAUUUUGGGAUUUCGUCCUUUGGCGCUGUCAUUAUGGAGAUUCUGAGCUUUCUUCGUUUCGAACCUGUCAUCUAUAGUAUGAAGAUUCUGGUUGUCAUUUGUGGAAACUUCAGGUUUAGCUUCGCUGAAACAGAUAUAUUGCUUGGUAUUUUUAUUGGGGCCUUCGUCGCUUGUCUUGAUGUUAUAAGAUAA